AUGAGGCGUUCGCUGCUUUGGCCAGCCCUGCUUUUGCAGGCAGUAGCUGUGUUCUGCGUCGACGAGCAAAAGGUCUUGAACGAAUACGAAAAGAGUCACGGCAGCGACGAAGGAAAGCAUGCGAAAAUACAAACGGAUGUUCUCCCAGAAUAUCACACCCCACCUCCGAGGCAGCCCGGAGCGGACUUGGUCGAACUCGCCAUUGAACAGCUGGUCAAGCUCCCACCUCGAACCUACCCCAGACGUGAACGCCGCUACACAGUCGUUUGGACCGUGCUCCGAUAUGCCCUCAAAUUCGUGCCCAGCCUGAAGGCUGCGCCUGUCCCCGGCAGCCAUCCGACACAAGAGACCAAGGUCACCGGUCCACUGUUGGAGGCCGUGAAGCUGUUAGAGCAGUCUGCUUUACAAAACAACACGGAUGCCCUCUACCUCCUGGCCGAGAUGAACUUCUACGGCAACUACACCUACCCGAGAGACCUCAAGGUCGCCUUCGAUCACUAUCACACCCUCGCGACGCUCUACGGAAACCGCACCGCACAGUACAUGAUUGGUCUUUACUAUGCGACUGGAAUUGGCCAUGUCGUUGCACCCGAUCAGGCAAAGGCACUACUCUACUACACUUUCGCAGCGAUUCAAGGCGAUACGCGCGCGGAAAUGGCUGUCGGCUACCGUCACCAUAGUGGCAUUGCAACGCCGAAGAACUGCGAAGCUGCGAGCAAGUACUACAAGAGAGUGGCGGACAAGGCAAUGGACUGGUAUCGUUCGGGCCCACCCAGCGGCAUGGCUUGGGUGGUCGAGUCGUACCGCAUCGCUGAUGAGCUCGGCGGAGUCUACGGUGAGGGUGCUAGCGCUUCGAGUGCCGGUAUGAACGCUAUCAAAGUGAGCCCCAAUUCCGACGCCAAUGCCGCCAUCGACGAUGUAAUCGAGUAUCUUGAUCUCAUGUCGCAAAAGGGCGACGCCAAGGCAUCUUACAAUCUAGGACGGAUCUAUUACGAGGGCCAGAGAGGUCUGGACCGAGAUUUGGAUCUCGCUCGCAAAUACUUCUUUACUGUGGCGAAACGGUACUGGCGCAAGGAUGGUCGUAUCAUCGAAAACCACAAGCAGGGUAUCGAAAAGACGGCGAGCAAGGCGGCUGGUUUCAUCGGCCGCAUGUACCUCCGUGGCGAUGGUGUUGAUCAGAGCUUUGAUCAAGCUAAGAGAUGGUUCGAGCGCGGCAUUUCUCACGGCGAUGCUCAGUCCCAGUAUGGGCUUGGUCUCAUGAUGCUUCACGGGUACGGGACGCCAAAGAAUGUUGCCAUGGCCACCGACCUUUUCAAGGCAGCAGCGGAGCAGGAUUUUGCUCCAUCUCAGAUCGAAUUGGGCGUGCUCUACCUGGACCAGGGCGGAGCAGAGGAUGUCCGCAUUGCAAAUAACUACUUCGAACUUGCCGCUAGAUACGGCCAGAUCGAGGCCCACUACUAUCUCGCUGAGAUGGUUUACAAUGGUGUGGGCCGCGACAAGACGUGCCAGAUUGCAUUGGGAUACUACAAGAACGUUGCCGAAAAGGCCGAGCCGCUCGUUUCCUCAUGGGCUGAGGCGAACCAGGCCUAUUACUACGGUGACGAGGAGCUUGCUUUCUUGGAAUACGUCAUGGCAGCAGAGCAAGGUUACGAGCGCGCGCAAAACAACGUCGCUUUUAUUCUUGACCCUGUCCAGUCGAGACUUCCACUGCCUGACUGGCUGCCGCUUCCCGAGUGGUUCGGCCUCCAACAACACACUCGCCCUAACCUACUAAACAACCCUAGACUUGCCCUAAUGUACUGGACGAGGUCAUCCAGGCAAUCGAACGUGGACUCGCAGGUCAAGAUGGGCGACUACUACUACCAUGGUAUCGGUUCUGAACCGGAUGUGAAUAAGGCUGUUCAGUGUUAUACUGGCGCUUCGGAUUACUCGCAGAGUGCCCAGGCCCUUUGGAACCUUGGUUGGAUGCACGAAAAUGGCAUUGGUCUGACCCAAGACUUCCAUCUGGCUAAGAGAUACUACGAUCAAGCACUCGAUGUCAACGAGGAGGCUUAUCUUCCCGUCACCUUGAGCUUACUAAAGCUGCGCGUCCGAAGCGCAUGGAACACGUUCACUCACGGCCCGAUUCACUCAAUCCAAGACGAUCCCAAGCCCAAGAAGGACUGGUCACUUGGCGAGUGGAUUGCCAACUUCCUGCAGGAUGACCAGCUGUUCUAUGAUGACCCGUACUACGAAGACAUCUUUGAUGACACGAUCGGCGGUACAGGCGCAGACGGCAUUCCACUUGAAGACGACGGCAUCGCUGAGAGCCUCAUCAUCGUCUUCCUUGCUCUGUCUCUGGUGCUUCUUCUCUACUACAGGCAGCAGAGGCAGCAGCAGCAUCGAAGGGAGGAGGAGGCGCAGAGACGCCAACAGCAGGGGCAACAAGGUCAACAGGGCCAACCUGCCGCGGCACAACAGCAAGAUCAGGGCCUCUUCCCUCCACCGGGCAACCCGGACUGGAACAACUGGGUGGCUGGAGGUAUUGGACACUGA